AUGGAUCCCCGCCUCCACCGCCACCUCCACCAGUCCACCUCAUCUCUGUUGUUCCAUUCCCCACGCCGCCGCCGCUGACACCAGCCGUCCUUCCCAAUCUCCACCCAGAGAUAGAGAUCCACGGCCUGUCGGCGGGAAUGCCUCCCUCCCGGUUUGGAGCCGUGGCUUUGGUUGCGCAAGCGAGAGGAGGGUGGGAGGCGGCCCAAGGAGACGCCGCGGCGUGCAGGAGGGCAGCGCGCGCCCGCCGGUACGGCCCGAUGAGGCGUCGGCCGGACGGCACCACGACUGCCGCGGAUCGACCUUCCGAAGCCGAAUCCCUCACCACCUGGAGCUCCCGUGCCACAUACUGCAGCCUUCUUCUCCAACUCCGACCGCCGGCCUUGAUCUCCAACGCCCGUGAUCCACCGUCAAAUUCCUUUCACGCGCACGUUCCUCCGCUCCCCCUCUACGUUUCCCCUCAGCUAAUUUGAUGCCUCCUCUCUGCUAUCUACUGGUUGACUGGUUGAGCAGCUUUGACACGAACCUCUUCCCGCGUGACCACAGCUGCUGAAAAUGGCUGGAUCACGGCUGCUCCGACGCACCAGCCGUCCUGUGGCGAUGCUGCCCAUUGUGCUGAAUGAUCAAGGCAUAGUCGACAACCUCACUGAAAGUAAUCAGAGAAGCAUCUGGGCUAGCAGAAGGAUAGGAGAGGACGAACAACUCUACUUAGUCCACAUUCAGGGCACUGCUGGCAUCGGUCACCCAACCACGCUGGUCGUCAAGAAGUUCCAGAACUCGGACGGAAUAGUGGACGGUGAUCUGGAGAACCGCUGCAAGUUGGAGAUGAUCCUAUUAGCCAGCAUCCGUCACGACAACAUUGUCAACGUCCUACACUUCAUCCAGAGGGAAAAUGCGAUCAUGCUUGUUUACACGUACCAGGUGAACGGCAGUCUUGACCAGUGGCUGCACAGGCGGGAGGAGGGUGAACUGCCGCUGAGCUGGCCGGAGAGGAGGGCCAUCGCCAUCGGCGUGGCCAAAGGGCUCUGUCACUUGCACCAUGGAUGCAACAAACCAGUUGUACACCACAACAUCAACUCUAGUAACAUCUUGCUUGAUCAGAAUUUCAAGGCCGUGAUAGCCAGUUUUGGUGCUGCACAGAUGAACAUGGCCGGGCUCAACCAACCAUUGCCUAUUGUGGAGACUGUGUUUGGUAACUUUGGGUAUGCAGCUCCAGAAUAUGGGAGGGCGGCAAGCCAGCUGACGGAGAAGGUAGACACAUACAGCUUUGGUGUGGUGCUGCUGGAGCUUGUCACAGGGCGGAUGGCCAAUGGGGUGGAUGGUCAGUUGGCCAUAUGGGCACGUGACAACUGCAGUGAGCUGAUGGCAAAGAAGCUGGAACGGUUCAAGAUUGCCGUGGACAAUGGCAUCCCAGAUCAAGCAUUGUACAUGGAGGAGAUGGCUACCAUGUUCAGGCUGGGCGUGGAUUGCACUAUUGAGGAUCCUCAGCAAAGACCGUCAAUGCAGAUGGCUCUCAAACGACUUCGCCGCGGCUGUGGGCGUGGGCGAUUUGGUGGCCUUCUCACCUGCUAUAACCUAUACAUAACCAGUGAGGAUUCAGUACAAGUGAAGGGCAAAGUGGCAUGCAAGAUCAGCUCAGCGGAUGAACUAUGUUCAGUGGUACUUUGAAGGAUGUUACUGUAGACCAAGAUGGUGGCUCUGCUUUUGUGUUUUCUUUGAAAAGAAACCUUCAGGAUGCCCCAAAACCAAGGGAGGAGCUUGCCCUUUUCUUCUACAAGUGCCGAGAGAUAGCGCGGAGUAUUGCAAACCUUCAGCUUGAAAGCAAGGCACCUAACAUACUAGUAAACAACCACUGAAUUAUCAAUGCUAUAGAAACCUGCUCUUCGGACCUUGCCGAUAACAGAUCCAGAUUGACCAUGGAGUCAUCUCCGACCUGAUCUAAUGGAAGCAGGGUAUCUGUGGGUCAGAGGAUCCAAGUUCCACCAAAUCAUGUAGAUGUCCCAAGUGUUUGACGACAGUUUGAUCAGGGCCAUCAGGAGGCUCAGGGAGGUCCACAGCAGUUGAUCUUGGUAUCCAAGAAUCGGCGAAAUCCAACUAGCAGGCAAACUCGAGGAAGCUGCCAGUAUGAUCAAGGGGGAUAUCAGCUUUAGCAAAACAGAGUUUGAACUUCUUUUUUCGAAGGGCCGCAGGCCGUUCUUUAUUAGAUGGAGAGAAAGAAGACUGUUACAGAGGAUCUGGCCACAAGCAAUGGCCAAACAGCAGGCCAGAAGCCUGGAAGGCUCGCCUAAUGCGGGCUUGCAACCAAAUGCAAAACCCCAAUCUGCCCGCCAGUGGCUGUGUCAUAGAUGCAGCCAGCCGUUCUCCAUGUAGCCAACUCCUCCGUGAUUGUAUCGAAGACCUUAUCUGCACUGCUGGCGUACUGCUCGAAGACCCUGGUAUUCCUUUCCUUCCAGAUUCGCCAAUGCACCAGGAUGGUAAUGGUGUCGAAGUUGCGCCUCAUCGCCUUGGGUAUCUGUUGCCUGACCUGCAGCCACCAUUCUUCUUGCUAUGCAUGUAAGUCCUUUUCUAGAUUGAUAGUCGAUGCUUAUUUUAACCAUUUUGCUUGUGCUGUAGAUGGGCUAAGAUGGGUUUUUUAGAGGAAAAGGCACGAGCAGAGCCCGGCUUUAAAUUAAUAAAGCCAAAACAAAGGUGAACGGUAAUGAUGACAAAAUGAAAACUGAAACAUUUUUUUUAGUUCCAUGGAUUUUCUUCAGAUGAAGGCAAAAAGCUUCCCUGGGUUUCAAAUAUGCUUCCCCUAUUGAAAUGCAACAUUCGCGUGCAUAAUCCUGGUCUGUUGCCCAUUUUAAAGAAAAUAAUCGAGAAAAAUUUCCAAGAGGGCUUCAUGAAGGUUAGCAAAUUUUAUCGAUCACAUCUGGGCUGUUGCUAUUUCCUUGCCUUAGAACUAGCGUAGCAUCUGUUGUAGUAAGAGGCAUCUGGUUUGCUCUGUAGCACUUAUUUCAUUCAUCAUGUCUUGAUAAUAUUCUGCGGUUCUGCCUGAUAUGUUUACUUCAUGCCUUCUCCCAUUUUUUCUCUUAAGAACUCAACGUAGCUUUGUAUUAAAUUCAGCUUAACAAUGAUUGGAAAGUUGUUGGCACUGUUAUAUUAUGUUGAACCCUUACUUAGCCUUAUAUUAUUUUGAAAACAGUGGUAAAAGAAUUAAAGGAUCCUUAAUUCAGGUGACACAUUCGACUUCAGUCCCAUCUUUCCAGCCUUGUUGGUCUGCCCAUGUUUCUGCCCAUGUGUUAGGCUUAUGCUAGUUGUAUAUUUUUUUGGAAGGAUCACGCCACACACAAAUGGCCCAAUGAAUAUAUGGCAACUCAGAAUGUUUUAACCGGCGACACAGAAUGGAUUCCUUGGCGGCUUGCUAGUUGCGAGGACUUGUUACAUUUGUGUUCCUUUGUGCUGACUGUUGCUGCACUGAACAUGUUGCUUGCUAGCUUCAGCCUUUCCUUUUUCUAACGGUUGAUGGUAUGUUCUUUUUUUGAUGGAAGGGCAGGAUGAAGGCGUGAAGAUUAGCUGUGGAAUUAAUUAUUUAGCAUGUCUUGUGUUUCUUUUUCAUGUGGCUCUUCAGUUCCCUAGUUAUAUCACUCUUUGCACGUGUGCUUCCAGUGAUCUGCUUACUGAAGACUGGAGCGAUCAAACUGGUUGCAUUGCAGUGUGAAAAUCAGAUUCAGAAUAGCUGCAAGGUGCCAUGUACGCGUGAGCCUCUUCUGAAAUCCCAAGUAGCACUACAAGAUCUAUCUGGCACUCAGCUGCCCGGGGAGGGGACCGGGGUUGAGCCGGCA